AUGGAGACUCUGGUCAAGAUGGAGAAGCCCGGAUCUCCCGACAGCCAGACGCAGACGACAGCCUCCGUGACGCCGUUCUCCAUCACCGACAUCCUGACGCGCAUGGAGAACCGCUCCCCGACGGACCUGCACCGCUCCACGCCCCCGACCCACCACCGCGCCGCCCUCGCCGACCUGCGCCACUCGCCGAGCCUGCAGGGGUUCCGCCCCGUGUCCGUGCUCAAGUACAACGCCUCCUCGCCCAUGGACCUCUCCAAGGACUCCGUCAUCCACCCCGAAGUCAGCUCCUCCGUCGAGCCUUCGCCCGGAGGCGGCGGAGGGAGCACGGCGUCCUCGCUGUCCCGCGGGGCGCCCGAGGCGGACGACGCCAGGGACAUCAUCUCCUCGCCCGAAGGAUUCAGCCGCCUCCUGCAGGGCGCCGGCGGGGGGCGGAGGAGCCGGUCGACGUCCCCGUGCUCGGAGAUGAGCAUGGAGGAGGUCGACAUGGACAACAGCGACCGAGAGGACACCUCGCACUCGACCGACCUCUCCACCUCCGCCGGCCAGGACGCGGCCUCCAGCGAGGACAAAGGCGAAGGCGGGGAAGGGGAGCGCGCCCCCCGCAAGAAGAGGUGUCGCGCCGCCUUCAGCCACGCCCAAGUGUUCGAGCUGGAGCGCCGCUUCGCCCACCAGCGCUACCUCUCCGGGCCAGAGCGCGCGGACUUGGCCCAGGCGCUCAAGCUGACGGAACAGCAGGUCAAAAUCUGGUUCCAGAACCGCCGCUACAAGACCAAGAGGAAGCAGCUGUCAGCGUGUGAACCGCCGUCCUCUGGCCGCCGAGUCGCUGUCAAGGUGCUGAUGCGGGACGACCAGCUGCUCCUGGGCCCGGAGGAGGGCCUCCCGCGCCCCCCGCUGCUCCUGCCCUCCCUCAGCACCCUCAGCACCCUCAGCUCCCUCGGCUCCUUGGGCUCGCUGGGCUCCCUGGGCAUCCCCCCUACUGCUACUACCCCUACCUUGCUGAAGUCCACAAGGUUGCGUUUGAAGCCAUGA